AUGUGGUACGUCAGCACCCGGGGAAUGGCCCCUCGGGUGGACUUUGAGGGGGUCCUCUUCUCUGGCUAUGCAUCCGAUGGGGGCCUCUUCAUUCCUGAGGAGCUCCCACAGCUGGGCAGAGAGACUCUGCAUAAGUGGAGCACGCUCUCCUACCCUGGCCUGGUGAAGGAGCUGUGCGCCCUCUUCAUUGGCCCUGAGCUCAUUGCGAGAGAUGACCUACAUGGAACUUCUGGGGACACAGGGAGUGCUGCCAUUGAGAGUGUCCAAGAGGCAAAGAACGUGGACAUCAUUGUUUUGCUGCUGAAGGGUCACUGCUCAAAGAUCCAGGAGCUCCAGAUGACACCAGUGCUGAAGGAGAAUGUCCACGUGUUUGAAGUGGAGGGAAACAGCGAUGAGCUUGAUGAGCCGAUCAAGGCUGUGUUUGCCGAUGUGGAUUUUGUCAAGGAGCACAGUUUGAUGAGCCUUAACUCAAUCAACUGGUCCCGCGUCCUUGUGCAGACGGCCCACCACUUCUUUGCCUACUUCCGGUGUGCACCAUCCAUGGACACGGAUCCCCUGCCCCCUGUGGAGGUGGUUGUACCAACUGGGGCUGCCGGUAACCUUGCAGCUGGGUGCAUUGCUCAGAAGAUGGGCCUGCCCAUCCACCUGGUCGCCACCGUGAACCACAAUGACAUCAUCCACAGGACCAUCCAGCAGGGGGACUUCUCUCUGUCCAAGGCCGUCAAACCAACUUUGGCAUCAGCUAUGGACAUCCAGGUGCCCUACAACAUGGAGAGGAUCUUCUGGCUGCUCUCCGGCUCUGACAGCCAGGUGACAAGGGCCCUCAUGGAGCACUUUGAAAGAACCCAAACUCUGAGUCUGCCCAGGGAACUGCACAGCAAG